AUGGAAGUAGACUCAGCACCAGAGGAGCCAGAAUGGGCAAGGGACAUUAUCCAGUUUCUCAGACAUGGGUUGCUGCCCGAAAAUAAGGUUGCGGCUCGGAGGGUGAAUAUACAAGCAGCACGGUUCUGCCUUCUUGGGGAGAUACUGAUUGGAGUAGUUGAUCAGGAUCCAGUAGCGAAUCAUCAAGCGACACGUCACCAUACCGGAAACUGUAUCAACACUUAUGGAGUAUCAGGUGAUUUUAUGGAUGAAUAUUUGAGAAUUGCAGAAAACACUGCAACAAAGUGUUUGCGAAAAUUUGUUAAAUCAAUUAUUUCAAUUUAUUCUGACAAGUACUUGAGGUCACCAAACAGCAAAGACAUUACUAGAUUGCUAGAGGUGAACACAAGACGUGGAUUUCCAGAGAUGUUGGGGAGUAUCGAUUGCAUGCAUUGGAAAUGGAAGAAUUGUCCAAAAGCAUGGGCAGGAUCUCAUAACGAUAUCAAUGUGCUAGAACAUUCUUCUUUAUUUACCGAGCUUGCUGGAGGGCGUGCUCCUUCGGUGAACUACUCAAUCAACAAUAAUGACUAUACAAUGGGAUAUUAUCUUGCUGAUGGUAUAUAUCCUUCAUGGUCAACAUUUGUAAAAACAAUUCAUGCUCCACAAGGAAAUAAGAGAAAACAUUUUGCAAAAACUCAAGAGUCAGUACGAAAAGAUGUAGAACGUGCAUUUGGGGUGCUUCAAGCACGAUUUGCAAUUGUGCAAGGACCUACGCGUUCUUUCGAUCAUGAAAUGCUUAAAAACAUCAUGAUAGCGUGCAUAAUAUUGCAUAACAUGAUUGUUGAAGAUGAGCGACAUCUAUAG